AUGGGUAAGUCAAGGUUCUCGCGCUUCAAGAACGCCCCCAAGCCAGCCAAGACCGCACAAGUAACACUCCAUACGGAGCCAGCCCACAUCGACUCAGACCUAAUCACAGCCUCCAGCUUCCCCUUCAGCGAACUAAUCCCAACCUGGAGCACCUUCAACCCCAACACCAAAAACGCCGCGACAGGCUCCACCUUCUGCAGCGGCCACCACGGCAGCUCCGGCGGAAAGAAGCUGUCUGACUUCAAAUCCUUCCGCCUAGCAUGCUGCCUGGAGCCCGUGGACAAAAAGGUAGACGGCGUCUGGCGCCGAGUGCGGUGCAUGAAUGUCUUCACCGUGGAUUCGAACCAGUGCACCACGCACCGCAAGACGACGCACAAGGAUGGCCCGAACAGAAUCUACACGCUGAUGAAGCGCAACGAGGUAGGUGACUGGGGCAUGCUGAGGGAUACUGACGCAGUGGUGCGGCCGUGCAGGUCGCCGGAUUGGCAGCUGCAGGCGGCGGCGCGCCUCGACGAGGUUGCUGCGAAUGGUGAGGACGCGGAUGUCGUGUGGGCGUCGGAUAAGCUAGAGUCGGAGUUGGCGCACGGCAAAAUCGCUGGAAACCGUGGUGUUGGGGUACGUACUGUUGUCGACGAUAAAGGUAAGAGUGGUGUAGGUGGUAAAUUGGCAGUGAAGCAUUGCUGGAAGGGCACUCGGCUGAGGCCUAUUUCUGAGAAGUAG